GCGCUGGCGGAGGCUCGAGGAUCUGAGAUUCCUCCCGGGUUGCAUUCGGGGAGGACACAGGACCGCAUCUGAGUUGAGGCAGGAGGUGAGUGAGCGCUGGUUACACGUGAUUGACGGCGACAACAACAUCAGGACUCAGGAGGCUGGACAGAGAAUAGAGACGCCGGUCAGCUGACACAGCAGACAAGAGGAGCAGGGAGCAGAACAGUGGACACAGCUGACUGAAGAGAACACCCCCCCCCCCCCCCAACACACACACAUACACACACAGACCCGCAAGCACUCACACACACACACUCACACACACAUCUUCACAAAUGCAUUAAACACACCCUAACGAGCCAAGCCUUUGAGCAGAAGGACAUCACCCUGCUCUACCUCCACCUUUUCUGCUCUGCCUCCACCUUUUCUUCUCUACCUCUCUCUUCUUUUCUCUCUGUAUCUUUUUGGUUCUCUCCAUCCCUCUGUCUGUCCUGCACUCUCAUGGGAGUGACAUAGGAAGGCACAUACUCACACACACACACACACACACACACACACACACACACACACACACACACACACGCACGCACCCAACACAUACACAAACACACACACACACACACACACACACACACUACAUAAACACACUACUACUACUUUCACCACUGCCUCACAGGCUAACACACAGACACACACACAAACACACAUCCCUGUACGUACACACACAGACACACACACACACACACACACACACACACACACACACACACACACACACAGAUAAGCACACUAUUGCUCCAUAUACAAGUGCACACGCACACACAUACACACAUACACACACACUCUCUCUCCAGCACACACCUCUGCUCUAACCCCCCCCCCCCCCCCACACACACACACACACCCCUCCCAGCUGGCUCCUGGUGUGUGUGUGUACCGCAUCGCUCCGGGCGGGAUGACCUCCCCCUUGCUGGGCUGCCAGAGGACACUGCUGCGGCUAUGGUGAGCACUGCUGGGAUCGCCUGACGCUGGGACACAUGUCGUGGAAGCGGAACUACUUUGCUUCGGGCAGCGGGCUGCAGGGGAUGUUUAUCCCACGCACCAUGACCUCCAUCGCCCCCAGCAAGGGCCUGAGCAACGAGCCAGGCCAGAACAGCUGCUUCCUCAACAGCGCCCUGCAGGUCCUCUGGCACCUGGACAUCUUUAGAAGAAGCUUCCGACAGCUGACCACCCACAAGUGCAUGGAGGACUCUUGCAUCUUCUGCGCUCUCAAGAGCAUCUUUGCUCAGUUCCAGUUCAGCAGCGAGAAGGUGCUGCCGUCGGACGCCCUGCGCAGCGCUCUGGCCAAGACCUUCCAGGACAAACAGCGCUUCCAGCUCGGCAUCAUGGACGACGCCGCAGAGUGCUUCGAGAAUCUUCUGAUGCGAAUCCACUUCCACAUCUCAGAUGAGACCAAAGAGGACAUCUGCACGGCUAAGCACUGCAUCCCCCACCAGAAGUUUGCCAUGACGCUGUUUGAACAGUGUGUGUGCAACAGCUGUGGAGCCACGUCAGACCCUUUGCCCUUCAUUCAGAUGGUGCAUUACAUCUCUACCACCUCUCUCUGUAACCAGGCUGUGCGCAUGCUGGAGUCGGAGAAGCCCACGCCGGACAUGUUCGGGGAGCUGCUCCGCAACGCCAGCACCAUGGGAGACCUGCGCAGCUGCCCGGGUAACUGUGGGGAGAUGCUGCGCAUUCGCCGGGUGCUCAUGAACUCCCCGGAGAUCAUCAGCAUCGGCCUGGUGUGGGACUCAGACCACUCGGACCUGGCUGAGGACGUCAUCCACAGCCUGGGCACCUGCCUGCGACUGGGAGACCUGUUCUACCGGGUGACGGACGACCGGGCCAAGCAGUCGGAGCUCUACCUGGUGGGGAUGGUGUGCUACUAUGGGAAGCACUACUCCACCUUCUUCUUCCAGACCAAGAUCCGCAAGUGGAUGUACUUUGAUGAUGCACACGUCAAAGAGAUCGGCCCCAAGUGGAAGGACGUUGUGGCGCGCUGCAUCAAGGGCCACUACCAGCCGCUGCUGCUGCUCUACGCUGACCCCCGCGGGACACCUGUGGCAUCGCAGGACACAGCCCCUCAGCUGGACCUGCAGCACAGCAGCAAGGGCUACGACAGCGAGGACAGCGGCCGGGAGCCGUCCAUCUCCAGCGACACGCGCACCGACUCGUCCACGGACAGCUGCAGCUACCUGCCGACGCGCUCGCAGCACGAGUCGCUGGCCAGCCACUUCUCCUCGGACUCCCAGGGGACAGUGGUCUGCAGCCCCGACAGCCCAGCAGGAUCCCACCACAGUCUGGAGACAGCAGGGGAGGUGCUGUUGAAGGAGCAGCCCAGCCCCGUGUCCACGCCCCGUCCCUCCAGCAGGGGGCGACCUCAGCAGGACUACCCGGACGCCGGGACCCUCCUGAUGCACGGGCGGCCCCCCGGCGCCAGCGUGGCCGGGGGCCCCCAGGGGGGGGGUGCGGGGCGGGGGGCCCGCGAGCGCGACGUCUGGGAGGACGAGAGCACCAGCAGCGAGUCCAAGUCCAGCUCGUCCGCCGGCGGUGGCGGCGGGGGGGGGAGAUGCUACCGGCCCGCUUGGCGCCCGCGGCGCGAGGCCCUCAACAUCGACAGCAUCUUCACCCGCCGGGGGACGUCGCGGGCCGCCGCUGGACGCAGCCGCUCUCCGCACUGCCCGCCAGCCCCCCGCUGGGCGAGGCCGGAGGCGCGGGGGGGGGCGGGCGGGUGUGGUGUGGCCGAGGCCGAGGCGGCAGCGGCGGCGUGCGAGGGCGAGAUGGAGAGACUGCCCGCUCCACCACCACCACCACCGCGCCUCAUCCAGAGGAUGGAGAGCGGCUACGAGAGCAGCGAGCGCAACAGCAACAGCCCCGUCAGCAUGGACAUGCCCCUGCACGAGGCCGCCGGCGCCAGCACACACAGGGAUAUGGCCAGUAAAAGGUCACUGACCUUCGGGCCGUCCUGGCGCUCCGUGCCUAAGUCCAAGAGCAGCAGCGCCAUCCUGCAAGAGCUCCCUUCGCCGAGCUGGGCGCGCACCCUCACCGGCCCAGCCGAGGGCCGCAGCGAGCUGGACGAGCUGCAGGAGGAGGUGGCGCGUCGUGCGCGGCAGCAGGAGCUGCAGAGGCUGCGGGAGAAGGAGCGGGAGGCGGCCCAGGGCUUCAACCCCAAACCCAGCAAGUUCAUGGACCUGGACGAGCUCCAGCACCAGGCAUCACUAAGAGUGCCCAUGCAUGAGGCUAACACUGAUAGCAGGACUGAGUCUGCGGCCGGCCGGCUGCAGGGGUGCAUGCGGAGGGCAGGAGCUCAGCUGGAGGUCGCACGGCCACCGGAGCAGAGCCGACCGCACGGGCCGCAAAGUGAACAGCCUGGCCCGCUCCAAGUACUGCUGACGAAAACCCCCCACCAGCUCUGGGACACCAAUCAGGACGCUGCCCUUGCCCUGCCCUCCCGUUCCCUCCCUCAGUCCCCCACCUCCACCAAUCAAGUCCCAUCUUUCUCUCAGAGUCACACAGCAAUCACCUCCCCCGCCUCCACACAGCAGUCGCCCAAUAGCCAUGUCGUACCCGGAAGUCAUUACGAUUGGCCGAGCUCCGCGGAGGAGGCGGGGCUGAGGGAGGAUGAACGCUGGGAGGGCAUCAGGUUGUCCGACAUCCUGCAGGCCUCAGGUGUGUCCAUCCGGCCCCUCCGCAAGCACCUGGCCAUCUCCCUGCCCUCGCUGCCGCUGGACGCCUGGAGCCUGCUGGGGAGGGUGGAGCAGCAGAGCCAGGCCGCGGGGCCAGACGGGCCCCCUCCACCCCCUCCACCAGCUCCCCAGCCCCCCCACCCCGAAGAUGGAGAGAAGCGAGGGAGGAGAGAGGAGGCGCAGAGCCGAGAUGGGGAGAACCACCUGCGCCUCCCGUUGUGGCACCCGCUCAACUCCGCCCCCCAGCGCUCCCCCGGCCUAUCCCGCGCCAGCCCCAGUCCUUUGACCCCGCCCAGGCCCACGAGCCAUUGGUCAUCCUGGAGCCUGGACCGCCCUGAUGCCGUGGUGACGCCGUACAUGACCCCCCCUGACAGCACCUGGGUCCCCUGCUCCCCAGCCUCCGAAACCGGCCAUUCAUUCAGUUCCAGGACACAGGGAAGCAUGUCCUGCCCUGACCCCUGGUCCCGCACGCCAGACCAAGGAAGAGAGAUGCGCAGUGCCCCCGACCGCAGUACGGGCUCUGGAGCUGACCUGGAGCCUGUGGAACAGGAGCUCUCCGAGCUGGACUCCCUCUACCAAGCUAGUCUGAUGGCCCAAAGCAGCCCAGCUUCAGCCCUCCCUGCUGCCGGACCCAGAACAGUGGCACCGGCGGCUCGUAAGCUGAUGAUUGGGCGUGGACGCUCUCGGACCCCCACUGCUGAGAUUGAGCGCAGCGCUUACGGACCCCCAGGCUGCCCCCGCCCCCCCACCUGGGUCAAUAAUUCUGCGUGGGGCCUGAAGCUGGAGCAGCGUGCUGUGCAGGAGGGGGAGGGUGAUGGUGAUCAGAUGAGACGCUUCGCUCGCAGUCUGAGUGGCACAGUGAUUGGCCCACACCACACCCGCUUGGCUCUGUCCCGCAGCUUUAAGACUACAGAGGACCAACAUGUGUUUUGCACGUCUCUCUGCUUAGCUCAUUCCAACCACCUAUCUAAUAACCAUCAUCAUCAUCACCACCUCCACCAUCAUCAUCACCACUCUGCUCUUCCUCCUCCAUCACCUCCAUGAGCUCCAUCCAGCCCACCCUCAUCUCUUCCUCAUCUCAGCCCAGACACAGUUAGAUGUUGAUGGGCAGCUUGGGUCACUCAGCCCCUGUCUGCAGCUGGACGUGCCGGUGGAGAGGAAGGUAAAGGCUGUCCUUCAUGGCCUUUUACUGGUACACGAGCAUGAAUCACCCCUCCAUACUGACCAGCCCUCUCCACUUGGUGUUCAUCCCAUGGUAUCCUCCUGUAUGUCUUAUUAUGACAUUUUCCGUUGGCGUUUGUCUGUAGUAGUUCUUUGUGUUUGUGUGUGUGUGUGUGUGUGUGUGUUUGUGUUUUCUUUCUUUUGGUUGGUUCCGGAGCCUGCCCGUCACUCUCCGCCGUCCCUCCCUCCUGCAGGAUGCGUCGCGCGGCUCCGGCAAGUUCUGGCUGUGCCUGACGGGGGUGCGUCUGUC